AGCCAAUCCGUAGUUUGUUAUGAAAAGAUGUGCGUUUCGGCGCCGUAAGCAGUUUUGUUUUUUUGGUUCUCAUUAUUUCCUUGUAGUUAUUUCAGCUGCGAAUUCUUCAAGACUGCUGUGACAGCAGUCCUGUGUACGUGAGAGGCAGCGAGUUGCUCUUCCUGACCUCCCAAAAUGGCGGAGAGGAAGGCAGUGAACAAGUACUACCCUCCGGAAUGGACUCCCGGCCAUGGCUCCAUCAACAAGUUCCGCAACUCGCACCCGUUGCGCGACAGAGCUCGAAAGUUGCACCUGGGAAUUCUUGUCAUCAGGUUCGAGAUGCCGUACAACAUUUGGUGCGAAGGCUGUGGCAACCACAUCGGCACGGGUGUUCGCUACAAUGCAGAAAAGUCCAAAGUUGGAAUGUACUACACGACGCCCAUAUACAAGUUCCGCAUGAAGUGUCACCUGUGCGACAACCACUUUGAAAUCAAGACCGAUCCACAGAACAUGGACUACGAAAUCAUAUCGGGAGCAAGGCGUCAGGAACGGCGGUGGGACCCAAGUGAGAAUGAGCAGGUUGCCCCGGAUGACAAGGAAAUUGGCAAGAAGAUGGCCACCGACGCCAUGUUCAAGCUUGAGCACGAUGUUGAGGACAAGGCCAAGGUCAAAGUUGUCACACCAGCACUGGCCAGGCUAGAGCAUCUGCAGGAUCGCUGGCGAGACGACUACACUGCCAACCAGCUGCUGCGGAAGUCAUUUCGGAACAAGAAGAAAGACCUGCACGUCCAAGCCGAGAAGGACAGAGCGCUCCUGAAGAAGUCGUCGCUUCUCAUAAACCUCGUGCCCGAGACGCAAGAGGAUAGCCGCAUCGCCAAGUUGCUCACAUUGAUGCCAACGCAGACAUCGGACGAGAGGCGGGAACUGAAAAGAAAAGAAAUAGCCGUCCGACCGCUCUUUGCACCGCAAGCACCAACAUCAAGCUCCACGAAACAAACUCUCGCAAUGCAAGGCCUCAAUGUCACAAAUUUGGAAAAGUUGGAGUUGGCAUCCGGUACGUCAACACCGCUGCAGAAAGACCUCGUCAGGAAAUGUGAACAAGAGAAAGAAGAGAAGGCACCCCAGUCUUCCAAGUCACCGUCCUCAGCAAGGACGAUCUCCUUGGUUUCUGAUGCUUACUUUGACGACUCUUCUGGUGAUGAAACGUAGUGCUGAUGUCAGUGUGUGGGCUGUAAAUAGUUGGGGGCAUUGGACUGUACAGUACGUCAUAAUGCAUUAAUAAAUACAAG